AUGGCAUGGCUGCACUUUGGCGGUCUCGGCGUGCAACAGAGCGACGAAGAGGCCUUCGACUACUGGUACCAUGUGCAUGUCCGCUCGACCGACGCCGUGCUCAAGCCCAUAUCGACCUUCAUGGUGGGAUGGUGCUGCUACCUCGGACGAGGCACCCGGCAGGACUCGGCAGAGGGGUUCCGCCUGUUCGGCCAGAGCCGGGAACAGGGACUGCUGCUGGGUGGCAAAUGGACCAUGGACUGGAGCUGGGGAAGCCCUCUCGACGAGCUCGAGUCGCUAUCUGCCAUCGCCACACGGUUCUAUCGGUGCUGUGCCGUCAGCAGCGACGGAACCAACAUGCUCCUGGAUCAUCUUCUUGCCAUGUGUUCGCUGUACGGGUUUGGGACCACCAAGGACCAGCCCAAGGCAGCAGCGGCCCUGCAGGAGCUCGCCACCGACGGAUUCGCACCCAGCCAGAUUGCCCUGGGAUCAUGCUACCACUGCGGCAUCGGCAUCGAGCAAGACGACCAUCUGGCCUUUGCCUGGUUUUCCCGGUCCGCCGACCAGCUUGACUUUUGGGGCCAGCUCUGUCUGGCGGACUGCUACUCUGCCGGGUACGGCACCGAGGCCGAUCCGCUCAAGGCCACCGAGCUCUACCAAGCUGCAUCCGACCAGGGCAACGCCAGCGCCCAGACCAGGCUCGCCAACCGCUACUACACCGGCCAGGGAGUCGACCGGGACUAUGCCCAAGCCAUCCGGUGGUAUCGCCGGGCGGCCGAACAGGGCAACGCCAACGCACAAAACAAGCUUGGAAAUUGCUACCAGAACGGCAUCGGCGUCGACAGGAACUUCCAAAUGGCCAUGGAGUGCUACCGGCGAUCGGCUGCACAAGGCAAUGCGGCGGCCCGACGAAGCUUGAGCAUGCUGCGUCUGUGGCGGACGCUGUAG